UUUUUAUAUAUGCAUUGAGUCUCAGUUCAACAUUUAAACUGAUUUUACAGUAAGUAAAAUAAAAUGCUUUCCAGUUUAAUGAAAUAGAGUUUUAUGCUCCUAUGUUAAACCUUUAUGAUUUGCUUCUGUACAUCAGCUGUUAUUUGCAUUUCUCUUGCAAUCACAGGAUAUAUAUAUAGACCUGCUCAGAAUGUGUGCCAUUAGUUACUUUGAAAUCUCAUUAAAAUUAUCCUAGAGGUGACUUUCAGUUCCUGAGGUUUAGAAUAUGUUAUUAGAGUUUUUGAGGAAAGACAGUUUGAAAGAGCCAAGUACUGGGAAGCAGCAGGCUAUGCAGAAUAAAAUAAUUCAGUUUGAGGCAAAGAUUUGCAUUUAUUAGCACUUCCUUUAAGUUUGGCCUUUAACUUUGAAACUAAAAUUUAAUGCUGAAUGAUGAAUUACACUUGAAAGUGAAAGUUUCAUGGAACCAGAUGUUGCUUUUAGUUUUGUAUUUUAGGAAACCAUAAAGAAAUUAUAUAAAAAAAUAAUUAAAACAGGUUUAGGAGCUGCCUGAACCAUAUUUUUCUGGAUGUUGAUGUUGAAUAUGACUAUUUUUGGGGUUGAUGUGCUUUAAAAAUGGGUGGUGUCAAACCAGAGCCUCCAGGAUCAUUGGAAAAUGCCACCUGCAUGAACACGUGUGUGUAUAAGUUUGUGGUAGGCUUCUGUUCCAUACUUGUGACCUGAAUAGCUGGAUCAGUUUCUACACAGGGUUUGAAGGAGAAGGAAUAAAGUGAAAAACAAGCUAGGAAGUGUAACAAAAGUUUUGGAAAAACACUCAAAAAUCUCCCAAGCUGAGAUGUGCUGUACUUGUUUAAGAAGGAUCAGAGGCAGAGCUUGGGCACAUGACCCCAGGCGACUCAAUGCAAAUGAGGGAGCGUAUCCUCAGGUUUUUGGCACAGAGGGUUCCUCGCUGUUCGAAGCAUGCUAUCAGCUAAACCAGUUCUGGAUGCAGUGCAAGCUUUGGCAGCAGAAGAAAUGCUUGGGUACUCUCUGAAGAUUGAAGGUGAUGAGGUUUGCUGGGAUGGGUAAUCUUCUUAAGGUCCUUACCAGGGAAAUUGAAAACUAUCCACAUUUUUUCCUGGAUUUUGAAAAUGCACAGCCCACAGAUGGAGAAAGGGAGGUCUGGAACCAGAUCAGUGCAGUUUUACAGGACUCAGAAAGCAUGCUUGCAGACCUUCAGGCUUACAAAGGAGCUGGACAAGAAAUUAGAGAUGCAAUACAAAAUCCCAAUGAUAUCCAGCUGCAAGAAAAAGCAUGGAAUUCAGUCUGUCCCCUGGUUGUAAGGCUAAAGCGCUUUUAUGAGUUUUCACUCAGAUUAGAGAAAGCCCUGCAGAGUUUACUGGAAUCCUUGACAUGCCCUCCCUACACUCCAACUCAGCACCUGGAACGGGAACAGGCUCUAGCAAAAGAGUUUGCAGAAAUCUUACAUUUUACUCUUCGUUUUGAUGAACUUAAGAUGAGAAACCCAGCAAUUCAGAAUGACUUCAGUUAUUACAGGCGGACAAUAAGUCGCAACAGAAUAAACAACAUGCAUCUAGACAUUGAGAAUGAAGUGAACAAUGAAAUGGCCAAUAGGAUGUCCCUGUUCUACGCAGAGGCCACACCAAUGCUGAAAACCCUCAGUAAUGCAACGACACAUUUUGUAUCAGAAAACAAAACGUUACCAAUUGAAAAUACAACGGACUGUCUAAGUACUAUGGCCAGUGUAUGUAAAGUCAUGUUGGAAACGCCAGAGUACAGGAGUAGAUUCACCAGUGAAGAGACUCUUAUGUUCUGCAUGCGAGUAAUGGUGGGAGUUAUUAUCCUGUACGAUCACGUUCAUCCUGUGGGAGCUUUCUCAAAGACAUCAAAGAUUGAUAUGAAGGGAUGCAUAAAAGUUUUAAAGGAACAACCACCUGACUCUGUGGAAGGACUUCUGAAUGCUCUCAGGUUCACUACAAAACACCUGAAUGAUGAAUCUACUUCAAAACAAAUUCGAGCUAUGCUGCAGUAGUAUCCACAGACAAGUAGAUGUUUGUAUUGAUCACAGAAGAUGUGUAUGUUUACAUAAUUUAAUACAGUUUGAUGUUAAUACUUGUGUGUAUUUACAUAACCAUUUUCUUCACAAUGCUAAAAUAUAUGAAUCUGUUCAUAACCUGACUGACUUUAUAUAGUGCAACCUAAGUUUUUAUUCUAGCCUUUAUCUUUUGACUUUUAAAAUACUUUUUUACUUAGAUACUUCAGUUAAGACAGUUUAUCUGUGCAUUUUAAUCCUUAAACACCUUCUCUAUUAGAGAAGUAGUAGUGAAGUCAAAAUGGAAAUCAAACAGAAAUGUCAAAGGUACCACAGAAAAGGAACCUUAAAGAAGAAGAAAGUUAAUAUAAGAGAAAGCAAAAUUCAUUUGGUAUGUUUUGAAGAACACGGGCACAAUUUUUUGGUCAGUUUUAGGAUCUUGUCAAACUAGUAUGAAUAGGAGAAUAUCUGAAUGUUCAUCACUCAUUAAAUGCAUUGUCUUUCCUGUAAUAAGUGGAGAUCCACCUAAUUUUAUGGAUUAUGUGCUGUCUGGCAUCCAAAAAUGUAUUUCAAACAGGUAAUUUUACCUUUUUAAUUAAGUAUAACCCAUACCUUUCAUCAACUGAGGAAAUCAAUAUUCUUUUUUCAGGUGCAGUAUAAAUAAACAGAAAAUAUGCUUAAAGAUCGUUACUAGAUUUUGAAAACUCUGUAUAAUUUUAUUAGAUUUAGAAAGGAAAGGGAAAAUACUAAUGCCUUGACUUAACCGGAAAAGGUUUGUCAGUGUAAAUAAAUCACAGUGAACAUUAACUACCAGACAGCUCUGGCCAGUAAUUUUUUGGCUGAUCUUAACUAAUAUACUCCUCUGUAGCAAACUUCCCUGGUGUCAUAUUGGCUGCAUCAGACUAGGGAUGGUUUAAAAUUAAGAGCUGAUCUUUUCUUAGGAACUCCAUUAAGUUCCUGGUAGUAUUAUUCAUUAGACGACUCAGAGUCAACACAGAAAUAUUUAUCAGCUGACUGCUCUUCACUAGCUUUUAAGAUGUGAUUGAUACUUCAAGAAGUUAAGUUCCUUGCUGAGUUGUUUGUUCUUACUUUCUGGUAAAUUUUCCAGUUAAUGGAAUAGAAAUACUUUGCCAAAAGCUGCAAAGUGCUCAUGCUCUGUUAUGUGUGUCUACUGGGUGGUCUGCAGUUGCUGUACAUAUUCUUGCAGAGGUCACGUUCAGAAAAUGUGUUUGAUUUUGUGUACUUUGCUUGCAUGUAUGUGUGGAAACUCCAGUGCUUGUGCACAGAUUCAGAUUUGUAUUUGCUUAUCUCCAUAUAGAUAAAUCAGGGUUUGUGUGCUUUCACUGGAAUUUUCAUGCACAUCUCUUCUAAAAACAUUACCUUAAGACUUUGAAGAUGCAUUUGGUCUGCUGGAACUCGGCUGCACUGUGACAAACUGUGUCAUUGAACUCAGUCCUUAAACAGUAUUUAUGUCAAGUUCUCUGGAGUAGGGAUUAACUUGAGAGCUUAUUUCUGAGCAGAGCAACCCCUGUGAGGUUUCUCAGACCUGAUCAGAACCCACAGGUGCCAGUAUCAUGCGUGUCCUGAUGCUGGACAGCACCACAGCUCCAGCAUUCAUGUCACACCCCUGCAGGUGCAGCAGCCAGUUGCUAUGAUGUCGUUGGGGAGAGAGUUAGAACUCACUCACAUUAGAUCUUUUUCUUUUUCUGAAAGCAAUGACCACACUUUUUUCACAGUAGUAAAUCCACUGUUUACAGGCUCCAUUUUUAAUGGGGGGACAUUUAAAAAUGUAUGUUAGGGAAAAUCCUGCUUUGUUCAUAGUCAUUUCCAGUUAGGUAAAUUAGGUGGAUGACAGGCCAUUCUGUUGAGCUUUGGUAACUGAAGUUAAUAUAUGCUUACCUGCAACUUUUUGUCAGACAAUGAAGUCUUAUCAUUAAGUAGCCCAGAGAAAAACUAUUUGUCACUUGUAUAAUAAAAAUGUAAACCUUAAAG